AUGUCCGACCCCCAACACCAAAUUCGCCACAUCAACCCCAAUCACCUGGACACAUUCGUCCAGUCCAUCCUCAUCAAAAACGGCGUUUCCACCGACCACGCCAAGAUCAUAUCAUCAUGCCUCGUGCAAGCCGACCUGCGCGGCGUAGACACGCACGGCUCCAACCGCAUCCCCUCAUACAUGCAACGUAUCCGGCAAAAAGUCCUCUCACCCAGUGCCACCCCCACCUUGACUGAGAAAACCCCCGUCGUUGCACAAGUAGACGGCCACAAUGCCUUCGGCUUUGUCUCUGCACACAUGGGCAUGCAACGCGCCAUUGAAAUGGCCAAGGUAUACGGCAUUGGUCUCGUUUCCAUCAAGCACUCGAACCACUUCGGCAUGUCCGCAUGGCUAGUCCAACAGGCCCUGGACGCAGGGAUGAUGUCCCUCGUAUUCACGAAUUCCUCGCCCGCCCUACCCGUCUGGGGCGGUAAAUCUAAGCUCAUGGGCGUGUCUCCGAUCGCGUGCGGUGCUCCGGCUGGAUCGGCUCCGCCGUUUAUUCUGGAUAUGGCGCCGUCCAUCGCCGCCCGGGGAAAGAUCUAUAAGGCGCUUCGCCGCGGAGAGAAAAUCCCGACUGAUUGGGCGCUUGAUGGGGAGGGGAAUAUCACGGAUGAUCCUGCUAAGGCGCUUCAGGGUGUGAUGCUCCCCAUGGGCGGGCCGAAGGGGUCUGCGCUGGCGAUUAUGAUGGAUGUGUUUUCCGGGGUGUUGUCCGGGUCUGCGUUUGCUGGGGGAGUGACGGGUCCGUAUGAUCCGUCUAAGCCGGCGGAUGUGGGUCAUUUCUUGGUGGCGAUUAAGCCGGAUUUGUUCAUGGGGCUGGAGGAGUUUAAGGAGAGGAUGGAUUAUUUGUAUCAGAAGGUCGUGGGGAGUGACAAGAUGGCGGGUGUGGAGAGGAUUUAUUAUCCUGGGGAGAUUGAGCAGAUCACGAGGGAGACGAGAUUGAAGGAGGGCAUUCCGUUUACGGAAGCAGAGAUUGAGGCGUUGAAUAAAGAGGCGGAAAUGGUCGGAGCGGAGAAGCUGAGGGUUGAUUAG